AUGACAACCCUCUUCACCCCCCUCAAAGUCGGCCGCGUCGAACUCUCGCACCGCAUCGCCCUCGCACCACUAACCCGGUUCCGCAACGACGAAACUACCCACGCCCCUAUCGUGCCCCUUGUAAAGGAAUACUACGCCCAACGCGCCUCUGAGCCUGGCACUUUACUGAUUUCAGAAGCAACCCUAAUCAGCCCCCAAGCCGGAGCAUACACUCACGCGCCCGGUAUCUGGUCCGAAGAACAGAUCGCAGCAUGGAAACAGAUCACCGACGCUGUGCAUGAAAAGGGGUCCUAUAUCUAUGCGCAGCUAUGGGCCUUGGGACGCGCAGCGGAUCCCCAGGCCAUGAGGGCUCAACCCGGCGCCGAGAAUUUUGAUAUUGUGAGCAGCAGCCCUGUAUCACUGGGCAAGGGCUACGAGACUCCCCGUGCACUCACCGAGGACGAGAUUCAGCAGUAUAUCAAGGAUUAUGCGCAGGCCGCAAAGAAUGCGGUUGAGCGUGCGGGCUUCGAUGGCGUGGAGGUUCACAGCGCGAAUGGGUAUCUCAUUGAUCAGUUCGUUCAGACAUGCGUCAACCAACGCACCGAUCAAUGGGGUGGUAGUGUCGAGAAUAGAUCCCGCUUUGCCUUGGAAGUGACAAAGGCUGUCAUCGAAGCUGUGGGCGCCGAUCGGACUGCUAUCCGAUUCAGUCCAUUCAGCGAGUUCCAGAAUAUGGGCAUGCCCGACGCCGACCGAGAGGCAACAUUCAGCUAUCUCGCUCGCGAAUUUGCCAAGCUCCACGUCUCAUUCGUCCAUUUGGUCGAACCACGCGUCAACGGAAACACAGACGUCGAAAACGUCUCUGGCUCACUCCAGUUCUUCCUCGACGCUUAUGCCUACGCCUCCCCCGUUGUGCUUGCUGGUGGCUACAAAGCCGAUAAUGCGAAGGAAGCCGUUGAAGUCCGCUACAAGAAUCUUCCCGUGAUUAUUGCGUUUGGAAGACCGUUUAUUGCGAAUCCGGAUUUGCCAUUCCGCAUAAAGAAGGGCAUUGAGUUUACGCCGUAUAAUAGAGACACGUUCUAUAAUGCCAAGGAAGCUAGGGGAUAUACGGAUUAUCCGUUUAGUGAGGGGUUUGCUGUGGAUGUUAAGGCUUGA